AUGCUGUUCGACGAAGCGCAUACAGAGGAGCUCAAGGCCUGGCUCACCUCUGAGCUCGGCCCCAUAUGCGACGCCGAUCCCGAGGUGCUUGCCGACUACGUCCUCGCCUUGCUCAAGCACGAAGGUCCUCAGGCCGAGCUCCAGACGCUCCUCACCGAACAGCUCGAGGACUUCUUGGCCGCAGAGACCGAACCUUUCGUAACAAAGACUUUCCAGGCGAUAGCCGACAAGGCGUACCUCCCUUCAUCAGGGUCCGCCGAAGCCGACCACACCGCCGAUUCCAAUGCCCUCGCAUCCACAUCCGACUUAGCUGCAGACACUUCCACCUCAUCUAGGAAGCGAAGAGCAGACGAUGACACCCGUGACUCUACCCGCUCUCCUCCCAGGCAAACACGGAGGCUGCAGGACAGCACCGCUACACCCGGCUCGGAUGAUUCCCGCGCAGGUCGAGCCCGCGAGCGCGAUUCGAGGGAACGCGCGGCAAACACAGACGGCACCGAUGCCAACGGCGCGCAAACCGAGGGCGGACGAAGGGAUAAUCGACCCAAACAGCUCUGCAGAGACUACCACAACAAAGGCUUCUGUCCUCGCGGCGCUAGCUGCAAGUUUGAGCACUCGACGGAUAUGCAGCCCGCCAACGCCAAUGCACGCAACCAACAAUCGCAGUCACAACGGCAGCAACCGCCAUUCCAUUUGAGCGGCAUGAUGGGUCCAGGUGGUCCAAAUGCUAUGCAUGGCCCGCCAAUGAUGUUUCCGGGCGCUCCAUUCGGUAUGCCUCCACAAGGCUGGCAUCCCAGCAUGGGCCCACCUCCAGGCAUGGCUCCUGGCAAUGCCGGUCCCGGAGCUUCUCCGUCUCACCUGAAUGGCGAUGGUCAGAACCUGGCAAACCGAAUGGGAGGGCAACUGGCACCGCAGGCCUCCGACGCCAAUCACUUCAGCCAAGCGGCGCCGUUCAAUGGCGGCAUGGGUCCCGGAGGUCGCGGCGGAGCAAUGGGCGGACGAGGUCGUGGACGUGGCGGUGGACCUCCCGGCACUUUCCAAUCUGCACGACGAUCCAACACCACCCUCGUCAUCGAAAAUGUCCCAGCAGACAGCCUCGACCUCAUCAAGGUCAACGAGUACUUCAAGAAGUUUGGCACCAUCACCAACAUCAGCAUCGACAAGCCUGGCUCCAAGGCGCUCGUCAGCUACUCGCAGCCCGCCGAGGCCAAAGAAGCACACGAGAGCCCCGACGUCAUCUUUGGCAACCGCUUCGUCAAAGUCUACUUUCAGCGUCUGGACGAAGCUGCUGGAGGUGCUCCGGGAGCGGGCCCCACUCCACGACCGCCUCCGUCGUCAGCGCCGCAGAGGGGCGGUUUCGUUCCCGGCAAGACUUCCAACGUCUACCACGCCCGUCCUCCUGUCGCCGGAGCAAGCACACCCGGAGGAGGUCCCGCUGCUCAUGUCGGCGGCAUGUCCGAAGAGCGCAAGAAGCUGCUUGAAGACCAACGAACCAAACAGGCCGCUCUGGAUUCGCAGCUAGCCGAGCAAAAGGCGCUUCUCGCCAAGUUCGGCGACAAGUCACUCACCGCUGAAGACAAGAAGCAGACCAUGACCCAGCUCAAACAGCUCGGCGAUCAGAUCAAAACCUCGACCGAAGCCGUCAAGGCUGCGGUGGAAGCACUGCAAGCAGCACCCAAAGAAGCACCCUCUUCCUCCGCAGCAGCAGCAGGCGGUGCUGGCGGAGACGUGGAAGCUGGAAGGCGGAAGGCGGAAAAGGAGAAGAGAGAGAAAGAACAGCUGGAUCGUGAACUCGAUCUUCACGCGCAAGGCUCUUCACCUGGAUCCACGACGGAAGAGCUCAAGAAGAAGCUCGAAUCGCUCAAAGCCGAAGCUGCGUCGCUCGGCAUUGAUGGCGCCAACGCUGGUGCAGGAUACGGGUACAAUGGACGAGGCAGAGGCAGAGGUGGUUACGUUCCACGCGGUCGCGGAGGCUAUACACCGUACGCAGCACGAGGUGGUCCCGGGGGUAUGGGUGGCGGACCCAAUCGGUCGUUCCGCAUCGACAACCGCACGACGCGACUCAAGAUCGAGGAUCUGCCCGCCGGAGCUGACGCGGAGAAGCUCAAGCAGCAUUUUGCCGCCUUUGGCGAGUUGGACUCGUUCGAUGCCGAUGCAGCAACUGUCGUGUACAAGGCACGCAACAGCGCUGAGCAGGCCUUGAGAGGUGGAGCGGAGAUUCCCGACGUCGGAAUUGUCAAGUUAUCGUGGAUCCAGCCUCCUGUUGCGGCUGCUGCCGCACCUGCUGCUACGACGGCUGGUGUGGAGGGAGCUUCGACGGGGGACAAGCCGGCUGCGACUGAGGGUGGGGAUGAGGAGUAUGACGAUGAUCGGGAUUCCAGCUGGAAGCGCUGA